CCAGUCUCGCGAUUCUAUCACUCUAAUCUCGCGGUGUAGUCGAGGCGUCUUUGCUGCUAAAGUUGAAAAGUGUACUGAAAAUGUUGUAUCAAGGAGUUUAUAACUCCGUAACUGUAUUUGUUUUAUAAUGUUUUGGGGUGAAUACGUAUAUAUUUUUAGCAAACUAUCAGACAGCUCAUUUAGCAGUUUUACUGGUAUCGUCAAGCUCUUUCCCAGGCUUGAGUAAAUUGUCCAGAAAAGUGAAUUCAAUAUUUGGCUUGUGAGCUAACGUUAGUUAGUGCCAUUUUUGUCUGUCAGUUCCACCAAAUAAAUGAUAUCGGACUCCACCACUGAGUUUAGUAGCUGGUCAGUGUCCAGAGCUGGAAGACUGGCACACAUGCGUUUUAACCGCUAUCUUGCCUGUCAGUCCUGAUAAGCAGAGAGCUGUUCUCCAAAAGCAUCCUCAUAUCAGAGAAAAGCAGUUCGUGUUAUGUUAACCGUUAGAUAAAUAAAUGGACACAAAUCCACGUGCAUUAGGACAGCCUGUUCCUUCCUGGUGUAUGUCGUGCGUCACAAGUGACGUAACUUCUGGGUAGGAUUUGUACAGUGCUGAACGUGUUCAAAGGUUUAUUAUAUAAUGUUACAAAAGGAAUUCCACUGGGAUCUGCUACGAGCUCUUCAACUUUCCGAUCGUGUAGCAGAAUGCCUUGUGAGUUAAAGCCUCGGUUCCUGGUUCUGUACGGGUCUCAGAAAGGCCAGGCCCAGUCCAUAGCCGAGGGGAUAGCUGACGAGGCCGAGGAGAGGGGACUGUUUGCUGAUAUCUGCUGCCUGAGUGAAGGACACAAGUUUAACUUGGAGAAGGAGACUUCUCCUGUGGUGUUCGUUGUGUCGACCACAGGGGAUGGGGACCCACCAGAUACAGCCCAGAAGUUUGUCAAGAGAAUCAAGAAAAAGACCCUGCCCCGUGACCUCUAUGCACACCUCUGCUAUGCUUUUUUAGCUCUGGGCGAUACAAACUAUGCAGAUUUCUGCAAAUGUGGGAAGACUAUUGACAGCCGUCUACUGGAUCUUGGUGCUAAACGUUUCUAUGCAACAGGACAUGCAGACGACGGUAUAGGGCUCGAGUUGGUGUUGGACCCCUGGCUUGAAGGACUGUGGGAGGCGAUCAGAGGAGCAUUAUCCAAGAUGGCCGCCCCUCAGCCUGAGAGAGAUGGCCAUGUUAGGGACCAGAGAGUAUCGUCGAACGAAACGCCGGAAUCGUCAGCAACAGACAUCAAACUCCACCUCCUGAGUCUCAACGAAUCAGAAUCCCAGAUCACCAAAUCCCUCACAACAGCAGCGAGAGCUAAGACUGAUUCUUUGGCUGUUUUAGCAUCAGAGACCGGGAGCUCAGUUACUGAUCUCAUAACGGUGUCAGCGACUGACAACACUGGGACUGCUCUUAAACUUCAUAGUGUUGUCUCUGAACGCAAGUCAGUGUUGACGACACAGAGUGGACAGACUGGGGCUCCCCCUGCUGUUGUAGAGGCCUCUCUGACACGAUCCUUGCCUCCGCUGUCUGAGUUGGCCCUCAACAUCCCAGCUCUGCCUCCACCCUACCUGGAUGUCAUGCUUCAGGAAGCCACCAUAGAAGAAGAGGUGGGUUGUUUCUCAACUCAUAUUUGUUUGAAUUCUAACAUCACUAGAUCCUCAUAUCCUGUCCCUUCCCAGACCAAUGCUCCGGUCAGUAAGGAGACUCUUCACGAGGUUCCCAUCUCCAGGGCAGUCCAGCUGACCAGAGACGACUCAGUUAAAACAGCCCUUCUGAUCGAGAUGGACAUCUCAUCCCACCCUAUGGCCUACCAGCCUGGGGACUCGCUUGAUGUGCUCUGCCCUAACAGAGCCUCCGAGGUGGGAGAGCUGCUCCGUAGACUGGGCCUAGAGGAUCAGAAGAGCAACCGCAUCCAGCUCUCACUACGAAAAGAAACCAUGAAGAAAACUGCUCAGAUCCCCUCCUACAUCCCAGAGAACAGCACUCUGCACUACCUGCUCACCUGGAGUCUGGAGAUCAGGACUGUCCCUAAGAAGGCGUUCCUCCGUUCCCUGGUGGAGUGUACAGGAGACAGUGGUGAGAAGAGGAGACUACAGGAGCUGUGUAGUAAACAGGGAUCAGCCGACUACAACCUCUAUGUCAGAGACCACAACCUCGGCCUAUUGGACCUGCUCACGGCUUUCCCCGCCUGCCAGCCCCCUCUCAGCCUCCUCAUAGAACAUUUGCCCAAACUGCAACCAAGACCGUACUCCGCGGCAAGCUCCAGUUUAAGACAUCCAGGUCGGCUGCACUUUGUUUUCAACAUCAUAGAGUUCCCAGCAUGCGCUGGGAGACCCGUGGGGAGGCGUGGCCUGUGUACUGGUUGGCUCUCUGACCUAGUUGAUCCCAUCCUGGUGCACCCUGGGAAGGCUCAGUCCUCCAGCACCCCAGCCCUCCCUAAGGUCCAUGUGUGUGUGCGUCAGAACUGCUCCUUCCGCCUGCCCUCUGACCUCUCCAAACCCUUCAUCAUGAUUGGACCAGGCACCGGGGUUGCACCCUUCAUUGGAUUCCUACAACAAAGGGAGAAGGAGAGGGAGGAAAACCCAGAGGCGGAGUUCAGUGAGACCUGGCUAUUCUUCGGUUGUCGCCAUAGAGACCGAGACUUCCUGUUUAGAGAGGAGCUGCAGGGGUUUGUGGCCAGUGGAACCCUCACCCAUCUGAAAGUGUCUUUCUCACGGGACACUGAGGAGGGAACAGAAACACAGACCGACACGGGACCCAGAUACGUCCAACACAACCUGCUCAGCCAUGCCAAAGACAUCGUCAACCUCCUCCUCAAGGAGAACGGGUAUCUCUAUGUCUGCGGUGAUGCUAAGAACAUGGCUAAAGAUGUAAACGACACCCUGAUAGAGAUGCUAUCAGCAGAGCUUCAGCUGGAUAAACUGGACGCCAUGAAAAGACUGGCCGGACUCAGGGAGGAGAAACGUUAUCUUCAGGACAUCUGGAGCUGAAAGUAUUCACACCCCUUGACCUUUUCUACAUUUGAUUUUUUGUGUUACAAGUUGGGAUUGAAAUGUAUAUAAUUGUCAGGCCAGCAUCCCGGAGUCGCCUCUUCACUGUUGACGUUGAGACUGGUGUUUUGCAGGUACUAUUUAAUGAAGCUGCCAGCUGAGGACUUGUGAGGCGUUUGUUUCUAAAACUAGACACUCUAAUGUACUUGUCCUCUUGCUCAGUAGUGCUCCGGGGACUCCCACUCCUCUUUCAAUUCUGGUUAGCGCCAGUUUGCGCUGUUCUGUGAAGGGAGUAGGACACAGUGUUGGACGAGAUCAUCAGUUUCUUGGCAAUUUCUCACAUGGAAUAGUCCUCAUUUCUCAGAACAAGAAUAGACUGACAAGUUACAGAAGAAAUGUAUUUGUUUUCUGGCCAGUUUGAGCCUGUAAUCGAACCCACAAAUGCUGAUUCUCCAUAUACUCAGCUAGUCUAAAGAAGGCCAGUUGUAUUGCUUCUUUAAGCAGAACAACAGUUUUCAGCUGUGCUAACAUAAUUGCAAAAGGGUUUUCUAAUGAUCAAUUAGGCUUUUUAAAAUUAUAAUCUUGGAUUAGCUAACACAACGUGCCAUUGGAACACAGGAGUGAUGGUUGCUGAUAAUGGGCCUCUGUACGCCUAUGUAGAUAUUCCAUAAAAAAUAUGCCGUUUCCAGCUACAAUAGUAAUUUACAAAAUGAACAAUGUCUACACUGUAUUUCUGAUCAAUUUGAUGUUAUUUUAAUGGAUGAAAAUUGUUUUUCUUUCAAAAACAAGGACAUUUCCAAGUGAAUUAAUUUUCAAUACAUUACCAAACAUUUCUAAAAACAUGUUUUCACUUUGUCAUUAUGGGGUAUUGUGUGUAGAUGGGUGAGAAGAAAAAUAUAUUGAAUCCAUUUUGAAUUAAAGCUAACAACAACAAUGUGGAAUAA